GUUAGGACCAGGGGGCGACAAAUAUCUGUUCCGUCAGCAGAGGGAGAGACAGCAGCAGCAGCGGAGGGUUAGGGCCGCAGAGGCAAGCAGGGCGUUCGCAAGCGAAGUACCCUGAUCUAUUUGAAGAGCCGACAGGGGUUGUCUAGAGGGAGGUCGUCCACGCGAUAGAGAUUAUCCCAGGGUCUAGCAUCCCGAAGGGUAGGAUCUAUUGGAUGUCUCCAGGCGAGCUUGACGAGCUUCGCCGACAGCUCAAGGAACUCGUAGAGAAGGGUUGGAUCCGACCGAGUGUCUCCCCUUACGGAUCUCCAGUCUUAUUUGUACUGAAGAAGAGGGGAGCUCUGAGGAUGUGCAUUGACUAUAGGGGCCUCAAUGCCAUCAAUGUCAAGAACCGAGAGCCCCUAUCGUGCAUCGAUGACUUGCUAGAUAGAGUGCAACGGUGCCGGUACUUCAGUAAGAUAGAUUUGAAGCGUGGGUACCAUCAGAUUGCAAUCCGGCCCGAGGAUCAACACAAAACCACAUUUCAGACCAGGUAUGGUCUGUACAAGUUUGUGAUGAUGCCAUUCGGCCUCUGCAAUGCUCCUGGCACCUUUCAGCACGCUAUGAAUCGGAUCUUUCAUGCCUACUUGGAUAAGUUUGUCGUCGUGUACCUCGAUGACAUAGUUAUUUUUAGUAGGAUUGUUGAGGAGCAUGUUGCGCACUUAGACAAAGUCCCUAGUCUCCUUCAGCAACACAAGUUCAAGAUCAACGGGGAGAAAUGCGAGUUUGGUCGCACCCGGAUCUUGCACUUGGGUCAUGAGAUUUCCGCGCAGGGUUUGAAGCCCAAUGAUGCAAAGGUGGCCAGCAUUCGUGACUGGCUGCGUCCUCAGUCUGUGACUGAGAUGAGGUCUUUCUUAGGGACGACCGGCUACUACCGCAACUUUGUUAAGAACUAUAGCAUAUUGGCCGCCCCUUUGACCGACCUGACCCGCCUUGACACCCCAUGGGAUUGGACAGACAGAAAGAUGCCCUUUCAGAAGUUGGCUAAAUCCACCUAUGAGAAGGAGCUCUAUGCGAUUUAUAAGGUGCUCACCCAAUGGAGGCACUAUCUCCUUGGGAGGUUCUUCUACGUCAGGAUUGAUCAUCAGACCCUGAAGUGGAUGAGGACCCAGCCUGUGCUCUCCGAUGUGCUGAAACGCUGGAUCGAAGUCAUUGAGCAGUAUGACUUCGAACCCCAAUAUAUCAAAGGUGAGUACAACAAGGUUGCUGAUGCGUUGUCGCGUAGGCCAGACUUCUCUGGAGCACUGAUCACUGAGUCUGGGCUUGCGGACGAUGUCACUCGCUCUAUGGUGGAAGCCUAUCGUGAGGAUCCGUUUAUGUCUGAGAUCAUUCGCAGACUCGAGGCGAAGGACAAAGCGACUUCUGCCGAGUUUGAGUUGGUCAACGGCUCGCUGUUCCUUGAGAAGGCCAAGAAUAAACGUUUGUGUGUGCCUAAUCGGGAGUCUUUGCGCAGUUUAUUUUUAGGAGAAUGUCAUGAUGCCACCAGACAUUUUGGCUACAAAAAGACAACAGCCAAUCUGCUACAGCGGUUUUGGUGGCCCACGCGGCCCACGAUGAUGAAAGACGCCAAGCUGUAUGUGGAGACUUGUCAGGUCUGUCAGAGGGACAAGCCUCGUACACAGGCCCCUCUUGGGCUUCUGAAGGCCCUUCCAAUACCGGAAAGGCCUGGUGAGAGUCUGUCCAUGGACUUCAUGGAUACGCUGGUCACCAGCAAGAGUGGAAUGCGCUACGUCUAUGUCAAUGUGGAUAGGUUUAGCAAUUGCAGAACAGGGAACACAGCUGCAGAUGACACCAGGGAACCAUCCAGAGGCGAAUGGGCAAACAGAGCAGCUGAACCGCGCUCCGCAGCAGCAGAAGCAGCAGCAGAAGCAGAACCACAAGCAGCAGCAGAAGCAGAAGCAGAAGCAGAAGCAGCAGCAGAAGCAGAAGCAGCAAAAGCAGCAGCAGCAGCAGCAGAAGCAGCAGAAGCAGCAGCAGAAGCAGCAGCAGAAGAAGAAGAAGCAGCAGCAGAAGAAGAAGAAGCAGAAGAAGAAGCAGCAGAAGCAGAAGAAGAAGCAGAAGAAGCAGAAGAAGAAGCAGAAGCAGAAGAAGAAGCAGAAGAAGAAGCAGCAGAAGAAGCAGCAGAAGACGUAGCAGCAGCAGAAGCAGAAGCAGAAGCAGCAGAAGCAGCAGCAACAUCAGCAGAAGCAGCAGCACAAGCAGCAGAAGCAGCAGCAACAUCAGCAGAAGCAGCAGCACAAGCAGCAGAAGCAGCAGCAGAAGCUGAAGAAGCAGAAGCAGAAGCGGAAGCAGAAGCAGAAGCAGAAGCAGAGGAAGAAGCAGAGGCAAAGGAAGCAGAAGCAGAAGCAGAAGAAGAAGAAGAAGAAGAAGAAGAAGAAGAAGAAGAAGAAGAAGCAGAAGAAGAAGAAGCAGAAGAAGAAGCAGGAGCAGCAGGGGCAGCAGAAGAAGAAGAAGCAGAAGCAGAAGAAGAAGAAGAAGAAGAAGAAGAAGAAGAAGAAGAAGAAGCAGAAGCAGAAGAAGCAGCAGAAGAAGAAGAAGCAGAAGAAGCAGCAGAAGAAGAAGAAGCAGAAGCAGCAGCAGCAGCAGAAGCAGCAGCAGCAGCAGAAGCAGCAGAAGAAGCAGCAGCAGCAGAAGCAGCAGAAGAAGAAGCAGAAGAAGCAGCAGAAGCGGCAGAAGAAGCAGAAGAAGCAGAAGCAGCAGCAGCAGAAGAAGAAGAAGAAGAAGAAGAAGAAGGAGGAGGAGGAGGAGGAGGAGGAGGAGGAGGAGGAGGAGAAGGAGGAGGAGGAGGAGGAGGAGGAGAAGAAGAAGAAGAAGAAGAAGAAGAAGAAGAAGAAGAAGAAGAAGAAGAAGAAGAAGAAGAAGCAGGAGUAGUAGGAGGAGGAGGAGCAGCAGCAACAACAGGAGAAGGAGCAGGAGAAGAAGACGCAGGAGGAGGAGAUGCGGACGACAACGACGAAGGAGGACGAGGACGACGACAAGACGAAGGAGGCGAAGAAGAAGAAGAAGAAGAAGAAGUGGGGGCCUAAGAGGCACGCUCAGGUUCGUUCGCUACCUCGACCUCUGGCUAUAGUUGAGUGUGCUUCAAAGCGCUAUGGCCUGAUGCCUAGGAUGGGCAGAAGCAGUCAUGCCUGGUCAUAAGCGCUAUGUCAAAAUCCUAACCUUACUCAAAUACCCUACAUGGCUUAUUCCGCCUCCAGGCCACUGGAUCGGUAAACCAUCACUCCCUCGUACCACCUGUUUAUGUGCAAUGAACCAACCCAGUUCUC